AUGGGUGAUUGGUCAUUACUUAGCCGUCUUCUAAAUGAAGUUCAGAAUCAUUCCACAGUGGUUGGGAAGAUUUAGUUGACAAUGUUGCUGAUUUUUCAUAUUUUGUUGGUCACACUAGUGGGUGAUGCAAUAAAUGGUGAUGAGCAGUCUAAGUUCACCUGUAACACCCGCCAGCCAGGCUGUAAUAAUGUUUGCUAUGACACCUUUGCCCCUAUUUCUCACCUGAGGUUCUGGAUUUUCCAAAUUGUUCUGGUUUCAACACCAUCCAUUUUCUACAUUGUGUAUGUUCUGCAUAAAAUAGCAAAAGAUGAAAAAUAUGAAAUGGACAAAAUGCGUACACUGGAAUUAUCCAAUGAUCCUAUGACUAGUCGACACCUUCCAGAAGAUGAAAGCUUGACUUUGAGAUCUUUUGCUGGCAACUCUCAGGAAAUUGAAUGUUAUCAAAGGGAUAAAGAUGAUGAAAUAGAGCAUAUUAAAAGCAGUGAAAACAAUGAUCCAAUCUAUCUAUCAAGUAAGGUUUUAACUGUAUACAAUAUACAUGUAAUACUGAGGGAAGUUAUGGAAAUAAUAUUUUUAUUACGACAGUAUUACCUGUAUGGAUUUACUGUUCCAUGUUUGUUUGUGUGUUGGACCUAUCCAUGUCCAACCAAAACAGACUGCUUCAUAUUCAGAGCCACAGCAAAGACCAUCUUUUUGAACUUUAUGUUUUGUGUUAGUCUUGCAUGUUUUUUGCUGAACAUUGUUGAGCUCCAUUAUUUGGGUUGGAUUUAUAUUGCACGCAUGUUAUGCACUACUUGCUCACCCUGUUGCAACAAGAAGAAACGAAAGGAAGCAGUAAAUCAGUAUUCACAGCAAAAACCUCUUACAUUAGCGCUAAAAAAUUUGUUUUACGACAACCGAACAUUGAAAUUGUCAUUCGGAUUUUUGAAGCAGGGAUCAGAUAACCUUUCAAGUCAGGCAGCAAUUUCAUUUGAAUCUGAAUCAGUAGAAAGCACAACAAUAUAUCAGGAUGAAAAGGAAUGUGGCAAGUUGCAACAUGGAAAAAUAAAUAUGCCUGGAACAAGCAAGAAAGCUGGCUUUAAAGAAAGAGGUUUUAAACAGAUUUUGUUACAUUCUAAAUUUAAUGCUUACAGAUUCUUUAUAUUCAAAACAGUAACAGAACGUUUACUAGUAAAUAUUAACCAGUUGCCUUUGAAAAAUAGAAAACAGUAG